AUGUGGAGUUCAAACAUGAUUUCCGCAGGAGAUAGUGAUACGCCACACAAAUCUACGAGAGGCAACGAUACGAAGGGGAAUCUCAAGCGGUUUGGAAGAAGUAGAAACAUGAAAACCACGGUAGCCCAUGUAGAUGGCAUAGAUACGUUUGUUAUUUCAAAGGCUGAUCAGGUAUGUUUCAAGGCAGCACACCAACCUACUCAGUAUACAGGCAGGCUAUGGUUUGGGUAGACAUCCAACAACGUCAGAUAUUCUCCAUUCAGCGUCUUUGAGGUCCUCUACGGUCCCAACAACACCAGCACAAAAGGGGUCAGUCUUGUCUAAGCAAAUGUUGAGUACCUACUGACGAAGUCAAAACAGCUGCAGGGUACGAAGAAGCAAGAAAUGAUCAACUUCCCAACUCAGAACAAAGCUGUUUGUGCCACCAAACCUAUAUGCAAGGAGGAGAAAGAUGAGAAGAAGUCUGUCAACAUCGACAGUCCAAGUUUAUCUUCCUAUCUCGAUCAGCGAGAAGAGAUAAAAGAAUCAGUUUUCUUUGUGAAGACGAUAACGGCAAUGAUGAAGAGAAGAUGUUAUGUGUAA